AUGCAUGCAACAAUUUUCGCCUACAAAUCUUCUAUUUGUAUUCGCAAGUUGGUGGCUAUAAAGAAGGCUGUUGGUCGCAAGUUAGACUAUGAAGUCCGGCGCAAUGAAGCUGGCGUUUGUGAUCAAGGUGGAACCAUCGCUAUUUUUACUCGGACUGGAGCGAUGAGGGAUGUCCAAAACCGCCCCAUCAUUGAUCGAUCAUUGCGGACGGACCAACAACGUCACUGUAUUCCAGGUUUGUGGGACCACAUGACGCCUAUGCAACGAGUUUCGAGGGUUUAUCUUGCAAAAAUGCAUUUAGAAUGA